AGGAGGAGACUGCGCGCGUGCCCGCAGGCGCGCUGACGAGGCUCACCAUGGAGGAGAGGAUAAAACCAUCAAAUCAUUAAAACAUCCAAUUCAUCGUCGCGAUGGAGGAUUUAUGAGGAUUAUCGCGAGACUACCGAAAGAUAAGACAAAGUGAUGCUUCAGAUGCCUUAAAGGUUUCCACUUGACCAACUCACAAGUCCAAGAUGACGACAGAGUCUACUCUUAACCUUUCGUUGUGGGUUUCCACCGGUGGGUAUCCUCCACACAACAACACCUCGCCAUCAUGGGAAGCCCCCACCUUCACCGUCGCCGCUCGCUGCCGCGUCGCGGCCACCCUGGUGCUUUUCGUCUUCGCCGCCAUCAGCAACCUGUCGGUCCUGAUCAGCGUGUGCUGGGGGCGGGGUUAUCGCCUGGCGGCCCACCUGCGCCCGCUCAUCGCCAGCUUGGCGUCGGCGGAUCUGGUGAUGACAUUUGUGGUCAUGCCGCUGGACGCCAUUUGGAAUAUGACGGUGCAGUGGUACGCCGGGAACAUCAUGUGUAAGCUGCUGUGUUUCCUCAAGCUCUUUGCCAUGCAUUCGGCUGCGUUCAUACUCGUCGUGGUCAGCCUGGAUCGAUACCGCGCCAUUCUUCAUCCUCUGGAUUCCCUUGAUGCUGGGCUGAGGAACAAACGCAUGCUGCUGGUGGCCUGGACUCUCAGUCUGCUGCUGGCAUCCCCGCAGCUCUUCAUCUUUCGGGCCGUCAAGGCAGACGGAGCCGACUUCACUCAAUGUGCGACCCACGGAAGCUUCCAGCAGCGCUGGCAGGAGACGGCAUACAACAUGUUUCAUUUUGUGACUCUGUAUGUCUUUCCUCUGCUUGUCAUGAUCUUCUGCUACACACGCAUCCUCACCAAGAUCACUGGCCAGAUGCACAAAAGCAAAGAUGGUGACCGAUGCCUGAGACGCAGCGGGAAAGACAAGAUUCCCAAAGCGCGCAUGAAGACCCUCAAGAUGACCAUAGUGAUCGUUAGCUCCUUCGUCAUCUGUUGGACCCCCUACUACAUACUAGGGAUCUGGUACUGGUUCCAACCAAGCAUUAUCCAGCACACCCCAGAGUACGUUCACCACAUACUGUUUGUCUUUGGCAACCUGAACACCUGCUGCGACCCCAUUAUCUACGGGUUCUACACCACCUCCUUCCGGGCUGACCUGGCCGACGUGGUUGCGUACUGUUGCCACGGCCGCCGCAUCAACAACGCCUCACCGCGCUCCGUGGAUCGCCUGUCCACCCGAAGUGCUGGAGCUGCCGGCGAGAUGGAGUCUGAUUUGAGUUCCAACCCACACAGUGGAAACCUGGGAUAAACAUAGGCGCAUUUUCCCAACCUAGGCACAGAAUACUCAUACAAAUAAUGUGAGUAUACAAGAUGAUUGAGUAUCUUCAGAGCGGUUUGAGCAAAGACCUCCUUUCUUCACUGUCAAUAAUACCAAGUCCCUAAUCACCUCUUAAAUGAGAUCAAGUGAAUAUGCUGCAAUGUUUAUACUCAACUUCAAAUGAAUGUAGACUAUGUCAACCAAAGUCUUGGAACACCUUGUCCUUACAUGGACACUUACUGAAAUACUUUUGGAAGGUGUCUAGGGUUCAUGCUUUUAGAGCAUGGGUGUCAAACUCUGGCUCGCGGGCCACAUUUGGCCCGCCGUGUAAUUUCACUUGGCCCUUGAGGCGAUAUCAAAUUAACACUAAAGCUGGCCCGCCGAUCCUCCCGGGAGUCUUCCAGCCAGCCAGCCAGUCAACCAGCCAGCUAGCCAGCCAAACGAGUGCUGGCCCAGUCACAUAACAUGUGCGGCUUCUGCACGCACACACAUU